GAAUUCGCAAUCAGUUCGCAAGUGGGAACCGAUCCAUUCAGAUGGCAGCCGCAGUGAUUCCGAACUUUGCCCAGGAGGAGCUCUUCGUCAGCAGGGCCACCAUUCGGCUGCAGUUGCCGCAGGGCGGAGCCCAGUUGCCCACCGUCUUUGAGUGGCGCACACAGGUGGUCACGCCCACACCCGUUGCCGCCCCCGAGGAGGAGUGCAUUAGUGGGCAUCGGACCACGGAGAGUGCCACGCCCAAGAGCAAUUACUACACGCCCCCGCGGAUCCUCGGAACGGAGGCGAAGCGCAAGAACCUGCCCCAAACGUUGGGCAACUUCUUCGAGGCGGAGCGCCACGCCAGCGCCUGGAAUCGCGUGAGCAAGUAGCCACCAACCGAAUCCAUCCCAGAACGAAACCCAUCCAAAGGGAGGCCUAAUCGAUUAACCCAUUAAGUGGCAAGAGCUGCAGGAGAGUGAAAUUCCAUUCCGUUGCCAAAAAUUCCAAUUCAUGGCCCAAAAUUGCUUACUCGAAUGGUGGGUGGGUUGAUAGAUACGCUGGCCUGGGACAAACACAAACCCAAACCCAACUAUGUAUAUAAGCAUCCCAUGAAUAUUUAUGUGCCACCCCCUUGUACCCUGAUAAUGCAAUAAAAGUAUUAUUUGAUAGAUAAA